AACAUUGUUCUCGAAAUUAUUAAUGUACAAAAGUAAUUUGGACCUAUUAACUUGAUACGAGAACUAAAAUGUUUUAUUAUUGUACAUUAACCAAACAAGUUAUAUUUAAAAGAUUGGUGUUUACAUUAGAUUAUUGUUAGUAAAGAUUCCAAGCUUCAAAAUGUAGCUGUCACGGAUCAAAUACCUGUCUGUGAUUGCUGCCGUCUUUUCAAGCGGUACGAAAAUAAAUAUCUAUUUUAGUUCCUAUAAGCAUGGGUAUUUGAGAGAGAUGAACAUACCAGACUUUACUAGAACAAUCGUUAAAAGUGUAUAAAAGGGUUACGGGAUCAACACACUAAUAUAUCGUUUGAUAAACUUGAAGAUAAAACAAUGGGAGUUCACAGUGAAGAAGCGGAAUCCUAUAAGAAUAAGGGAAACGAAGCCUUUAAACUCGAAAACUAUGAAGAAGCCAUAUCCCUUUACAGUAAGGCUAUCGACCUCGCUGAGAAAGACAGCCGUGAUCUGUCUACUUACCUAAAGAAUCGAGCCGCAGCCUUUUUGAAAAUCAAAAAUUAUGAAAAGGUUAUCAAGGACUGCGAUGAAGCCCUACGAAUUGUAUCGGAAGACCCAAAAGCCUUAUUUCGACGUUCACAAGCCCUGGAAUCUUUGGAACGAUUUGAAGAAGCAUACCGUGAUGCUAAAGCUAUAUUUACCGUAGAUCCUACUAACAAGGCAGUACAACCAGUACUGUCGCGGCUACAUGCUAUAGUACAGGAGCGCGCCAGGCAGAGUGCUCAAACCAGCAACAAAGUGGAACAAAUGUUCAAACUUGCAUUUAACUUGCAGGAAGAUCUUGAAAAACGUGAAAAAGCUAUGUCUAACCUCCUGGUGCUUGCAAAAGAAAAUGCUGGUGCAGAAAUUAUGUUAAAAAAUGGUGUAGUUCACAAAAUACAACAACUACUUAAAGUUGAGAAACAUGCUGAAAUAUACAUUAAUGCAGUGAGAGUCAUUAGCCAACUUUGCAAGAGAGAUGUUGAAAGAACAAAAGCAGUGAUCAAGAUUGUUGGCAUACCCUGGCUGCUGGAAGUCAUAGAUAGUGAAAAUGAAGAAAGGGUCAGUGCAGCUCAGUAUUGCCUGCAGGUUUUACUUAACACAUUUUCUGGAAUGGAUAACAAAAAAGACUCUACACCAGACCCAAAACUCUGUGAAGAAUACAAAAGUGAAAUAGAUACUCUACUUACUUGUUUAACUUACUCAAUAACAAACAGAGUUAUCAGUGGACAGGCAAGGGAUGCCAUUGUUGAGUUAGUUAUGAGAAACUGCCAUUACAGUGCAAUAAACUGGGCUGAAAGAUUUGUUGAAAUCAAAGGACUGCAGCGGCUGCUUGAGGUUUGCAGUGAAUUAGAAGAGUACAAAUAUGAAUCAGCAUUAAACAUUACUCCCUCUUCUAGAACCAUAGCUGCUGCUUGCCUGGCACGAAUCUAUGAGAAUAUGUAUUAUGAUGAAGCCAGAGAAAAGUUCAAUAACCAAGUAGAUGACUUUGUGAAAGAUAAGCUAAUGUCACCGGAUUUGGAGUCAAAAGUAAGAGUUACAGUGGCCAUUACUUCUUUGCUAAGGGGCCCUUUGGAUGUUGGAAAUUAUAUAAUUUCAAAAGAAGGUAUUAUUGAAAUGAUAUUGGUCAUGGCUCAAACUGAAGAUCCUCUUCAACAAAAAGUAGCUUGUGAAUGUUUGGUGGCUGCAGCAUCCAAGAAAGAUAAAGCUAGAACUAUUAUCAACAAGGGUGUAGACAUUUUGAAAAAGCUAUAUCAGAGUAAAGAUGAUGCAGUUAGGGUGAGAGCCUUAGUUGGUCUUUGUAAAGUGGGUAGUUUUGGAGGAGAUGAUGCAUCUGUGCGACCAUUUGCUGAUGGUUCUACUAAAAAGUUAGCUGAAGCUUGCAGGAAGUUCCUUGUUAAUCCAGCUAAAGAAAAUGAUGUCAGGAAAUGGGCUGCAGAAGGGCUUUCUUACUUGACCUUGGAUGCUGAUGUGAAAGAGAAACUGGUUGAAGAUAAAGCUGCCCUGUAUGCCCUUAUAGAACUAGCUAAAAGUGGUGAUCAAUCUUGUCUCUAUGGUGUUGUUACCACAUUGGUCAACUUAUGUAAUGCUUAUGAAAAACAAGAGGUCAUGCCAGAGAUGAUGGAGCUGGCAAAGUUUGCCAAACAUCAUAUACCAGAAACACAUGAAUUGGAUGAUCCAGAUUUUAUUAACAAAAGGAUAACUGUAUUAGCUAAAGCUGGUGUAACAUCCGGUUUGGUUGCCCUGGCUAAAACUGAGAGCCACAAUUCUAGAGAAUUAAUUGCACGAGUUUUUAAUGCCAUCUGUGGCUUACCAGAACUCAGAGGUAUAGUUGUGCAACAGGGUGGUGCAAAAGUGCUAAUUCCAAUGUCACUUGAAGGCACUAACAAUGGAAAAAAACAAGCAUCUCAGGCACUAGCACGCAUUGGAAUAACAAUCAACCCAGAAGUAGCUUAUCCUGGUCAGAGGAAUUUAGAAGUUGUUAGACCUCUUGUAGGCUUACUUCACCCUGACUGCACAGCUUUGGAGAAUUUUGAAGCUUUGAUGGCCUUAUGCAACCUUGCUGGAAUGAGUGAAUCUACGAGGAAUAGGAUAUUGAAAGAAGGUGGUCUUGCUAAAAUUGAACAUUAUCUAUAUGAAGAUCAUGAAAUGCUGCUAAGAGCAGCGACACAGUGUAUUUGUAAUCUAGUACAAUCUGAUGAUGUUAUCAAAACCUAUGAGGGCAAUAAUGACAAAACCAAAUUUUUGUAUCUCCUGUGUCAAGAGGAAGACACAGACACAGUGAUGGCAGCUGCAGGGGCUUUAUGCAUACUGACAUCUGCAAGUAAAAUAUGUUGCAGAAAAUUACUGGAUGUCCAAGUAUGGCCAGAAACACUGAGGUGUCUAUUAGCAAAUCCAAACAAGGAGAUCCAGUACAGAGGAACAUACAUGCUUUACAACAUCAUUUCUGAUGAUAAAGAUGUUGCUGCUAAAGUGUUUGAAACAGACAUUAUGGAGAUAUUAAUGGCUAUCACAAAAUUAGAAGACCCAGAUGUGAAGAGGACAGUUGAAAAUGCUCAGAAAUGUCUAAAUGCUGCUGAGGAGAUGGGAGUUAUUAGAAAACCUGAUGAAACAGUUAUGGUUGAUCCAUUCAAAGAAGCAGAAGCAGAAGGCAUUGAAGAAGAAAAUAUGUAAGAAACAAUUAUCUACUCUAGAUACAUACAUUUAACACUCUAAUUCUUAUGAUGAGAUUAUUAUGUCAAAUAUUUUCAUAUUGACCUUUCAUUUGGGUAUGUGUGCGAAACUUAAUAUCCCAAAUACAUAAUUAAAUAAACUGUUUCUCAAAUUAAAUUUUCGCCAGAAUAUUAUUUAUUAAUAAAAAUAAUUUAAUCUUAUAGUUUAUUAGUUUAUAAUUAGUUAUUAGGGAACUAAGACCACAUGAAGCCAGGCUGGGAUGCUAGUGCUUAAUAAAAUUAAAUUGAAUAGAAAUAUUUGAUGUUAUGCCAUGUUGUAUUUGCUAUCCUUUAUAAUUUAGGUAUUUAUUAAUGACUGUACUUAACUAUAAUUUUUAAUAGUUUCCUUUAUUAUUAUAUAAUGUUAU